UUUAUGCAGACCAAAAUAAAAAUGUCCCCAGCUUGAAAUAACAGUGCAGAUCCGCCGAUCAAUCCACAUUCAGAGAAGGCAAGCUCUGUCAACAAAUAGGGUUUUUCUGAUCAGAAAUUAAAUUAAAAUUGACUCCGAUUGAUUACGCGAUUUUCUUGACUGUGGCAGUCAAUAAGAAGAAGAAAAAAGAAGGAACUAAAAACGAUCGCAUGAAUGAAUACCUCAGCGAACAAAAUUCUCUUCUUCUUAUUGGUUUCUUCUUUGCUCUUAAGCUCUUAUGUUAAUGGAGAGGAUUCAUCGUCAUCAUCAUCCACCAAUAAGUUUCGGGAGCGCGAGGCUAGCGAUGACGCUCUCGGUUACCCUGAAAUAGAUGAGGAUUCAUUGUUGAAUACACAGUGCCCUAAAAAUUUAGAGCUCAGAUGGCAGACUGAAGUUAGCUCUAGUAUUUAUGCUUCUCCUUUGAUUGCUGAUAUUAAUAGUGAUGGGAAGCUUGAUAUAGUGGUUCCUUCUUUUGUUCAUUAUCUUGAAGUUCUUGAAGGUUCCGAUGGAGAUAAAAUGCCAGGUUGGCCUGCUUUCCAUCAGUCAACGGUGCAUGCGAGUCCUCUUUUAUAUGAUAUUGACAAGGAUGGUGUUAGAGAAAUUGCUUUGGCUACAUACAAUGGUGAAGUUCUCUUCUUCAGGGUGUCAGGCUACAUGAUGACAGAGAAAUUGGUGGUACCUCGUAGGAGAGUUAAGAAAGAUUGGUAUGUGGGUUUGAAUAUUGACCCUGUGGAUCGUUCUCAUCCAGAUGUUCAUGAUGACCAAAUUAUCUUGGAGGCUAUGGAAAAGAAGUCAGAGGCUCAAACAACUGGAAGCACACCAGAAAAGACCAGUUCAGGUUCUGGAUCAACAGAAAGUAUUCUUCCACAGAAUGGAACUGAUAAUGUGAAUGAGAAUAAAACAGAGCCUUUAAUCAAACUGGGCACAAGUGCUGAUGAUCCUUCUAAAAGUACUGAGUCAGUUGGACUAAAUAAUCCUGAGAACGGGAACAACACUGGGUCAGUUGGGCUAGAUAACUCUGAGAAGAGGGACAGUGCUGGGUCAGUUGGAACUAAUAGUACUGAGAAGGGAACAAACACUGGGAGACGACUGCUGCAAGAUGACCACACCAAGGGUUCCCAGGAAAGUGGUUCAGAAUCCAAGGAGAAGAACAGUGAGGAUGUUCAUGAAGCAACUGUGGAAAAUGAUGAAGGGUUGGAAGCAGAUGCCGACUCUUCGUUUGAGUUAUUCCGUGACAGUGAUGAACUAGCUGAUGAGUAUAGUUAUGAUUAUGAUGAUUACGCUGAUGAUGGCAUGUGGGGAGAUGAGGAGUGGACUGAAGAGAUGCACGAGAAAUUGGAGGAUUAUGUCAACAUCGAUUCACAUAUCUUGUGCACUCCUGUCAUAGCAGACAUCGAUCAAGAUGGCGUAUCCGAAAUGAUUGUUGCAGUUUCUUACUUCUUUGAUCAUGAGUAUUAUGACAAUCCAGAGCAUUUGAAAGAACUGGGUGGCAUCGAUAUUGGAAAAUAUGUCGCUGGUUCUAUUGUGGUAUUUAACCUUGAUACAAAGCAAGUUAAGUGGACUAAAGAAUUGGAUUUAAGUACCGAUACUUCCACGUCCAACCGUGCAUAUAUAUAUUCGUCUCCAACAGUGGUUGAUUUGGAUGGGGAUGGAAAUUUGGACAUUCUUGUUGGAACUUCAUUUGGCUUGUUUUAUGUCCUGGAUCAUCAUGGAAAUAUUAGAAAAAAUUUCCCCCUUGAGAUGGCUGAAAUUCAAGGUGCCGUAGUUGCAGCUGAUAUCAACGAUGAUGGCAAAAUAGAAUUAGUAACUACAGAUACACAUGGAAAUGUUGCUGCUUGGACCUCACAAGGAAAAGAAAUUUGGGAGAGGCAUCUAAAGAGUCUUGUUUCCCAGGGCCCAACUGUAGGUGAUGUUGAUGGAGAUGGCCGAACUGAUGUUGUAGUUCCAACACUAUCAGGGAACAUAUAUGUUCUUAGCGGCAAGGAUGGCUCAGAUGUUCGUCCAUACCCAUAUAGAACUCAUGGUAGGGUGAUGAAUCAAGUCCUUCUCGUUGAUUUAAGUAAGCGGGGGGAGAAAAGCAAGGGACUCAGUCUUGUGACAACAUCAUUUGAUGGAUACUUGUACCUUAUAGAUGGGCCUACUUCUUGUGCUGAUGUUAUUGAUAUUGGUGAAACUUCGUAUAGCAUGGUCUUAGCAGACAAUGUUGACGGCGGAGAUGACCUUGACCUAGUUGUCACAACAAUGAACGGAAAUGUGUUUUGCUUCUCGACUCCUGUUCCACAUCAUCCCCUCAAGGCUUGGAGAUCAGCCAAUCAAGGAAGAAACAAUAUUGCAAACCGUCACAACCGCGAAGGGGUCUAUAUUACACCUUCAUCAAGAGCCUUUCGUGACGAGGAGGGAAAGAACUUCUGGAUGGAAAUUGAGAUUGUAGAUAAUUAUCGAUACCCUUCUGGGUCUCAAGCACCAUAUAAAGUCUCUACGACCUUGUUAGUUCCAGGUAAUUAUCAAGGUGAGAGAAGGAUAAGGCAAAAUGAAACCUAUGUCCGUCCCGGAAAAUAUCGCAUUAAACUUCCAACAGUUGGAGUAAGGACUACGGGAACAGUAUUGGUGGAGAUGGUUGAUAAGAAUGGAGUUCACUUCUCAGAUGAGUUCUCUCUCACAUUUCAUAUGUAUUAUUAUAAACUGCUAAAGUGGCUUCUAGUCCUCCCAAUGCUUGGGAUGUUUGGUGUGCUGGUCAUUCUUCGUCCACAAGAUGCCGUGCCUUUACCAUCAUUUUCACGGAACACUGACCUAUGAAUUAUGUCAUCCUGUGUCAAUCUUCCAUGCCGAGCUGAGUAGAUAGUUUGAGCUGACCUGUCAGGAACUUCAGAUGGUUAAAAAAUUGGACCACACGAGGAGCAUUGGUGGAGGGGUUUCAAGCGAUCUGUUUAAUUUUUGGACAGUGUAAGAUCGGAACUUGUAACAUAAUUAAAGUUGAGAUGAGUAGGUAUUUUACAUUGUUAUACGAAAAGAUAGGGAGGCUAGAUGUUAAUGUUCUUCCCAAAAUCAGAUUUUAGCUCUGAAAAUUGAGUUAUAUCCGGAGACAGUAGAUCAGGAAAUACAUGCUCUAUUUGAUUCCCUAGUCCCUGGAUAUUAUCACCACAUUUUCUUCAGCUGACUAAUUGUAGUGCCUUCGGUAA